AUGACCACGGCCAUGACUCACCUUUCUUCCCUACCCCGCCCCUCCGACUCUGCUGAGACCCAGUCGUCUCAAUCCGCAAACCGGGCGUGUCGGUCAAGCGUGACACGUCUUGUUCGCUACACCCCGCCCCGACGGCGCUCUUCAUCGGACACCGCCAACAAGCGGGUGCAGAAUAAGCACGGCACGUCCCGCGCCUCAUUAAGGGUCGCGUCAUUGAGUCAGCGGGCGACAUACCAAAUGGAGCUCUGGCGCCCUUAA